AUGACUGUCUAUAUUCCUCGUGCAAAUAUCCAUCUCCAAGCUGGUCCAGAUGACGAACCGAUGCUCGAUGCAAAAUGUCCUUUUACCCAGUUCUCAAUCCGCGGUGGCCUCCUCCAGAAACGGUCAACAGCCUCCCCACCUCCCCCACUCUCCACACCCACUGCUCCCAUCUCCAUCCUCACAAGCAUCACUCUCGAAAGUAUCCUAAUCUUGAUAAUCCUUCCUAUCUGCUCCACCAACAUCCUUCCUGCCAGCUUUCUGUACCCUCUUAUCUCCCCCCCAGCACUAACUCCGCCCGGAGCUCGCUCCGCCAGCUGUCUCUUGUCCACCAAUCGCUGCUACUAG